CUCAGCAGAGGUGACACGCAAUGGAACAGAGCUCAUCCCGAGUGGUGGAGUCAGUUUGAAAACGGGACGCUGUGGAUGCUGCCGCACAGGAAAUGUUCUUAUAACCAUCUAACGAGUUGACUUCUCUGGGGAGCUCCUGCUUAUCUGAGGCGGAAAAAGUCCGUGUGUGUGUGUGUGUGUGUGUGAAUAAGUGAAGCUGUACGGGACAUCUCUAGUGCGCCGGGAUGCUGGGGACAAGUCAUUUCACUUUGACAACCGCGGCAGUUGUUGUGCUGCUGCCGUGUGUGCUGUCCUUCAACGUGGACCAGAAGAAUAGUAUGUCAUUCGAAGGUCCACUGGAGGACAUGUUUGGCUACACUGUCCAGCAGUUUGAGAACAGCGAGGGGAAAUGGGUUCUGAUUGGAUCGCCGCUGUCGGGCCAGCCAGCCAAACGGACAGGAGACGUCUACAAGUGUCCUGUGGGGAAGGGGGACAACACGUGUGUCAAACUGGAGCUGCCUAAAAACACAACGAUUCCCAACUUACAUGAAGUCAAGGAGAACAUGACCAUGGGAACCACGCUGGUGACCAAUCCCAACGGAGGAUUUCUGGCCUGUGGUCCUCAGUAUGGCUACAUGUGUGGGCAGCAGCAGUACAUCUCAGGAGUUUGUGCGAAUGUCAGCGAAUCCUUCCAGAUCCUCAACUCUCUGGCACCGGCCGUGCAAGAGUGUGCGAAGGAGCUGGACAUCGUGAUCGUUCUGGACGGCUCUAACAGUAUCUACCCCUGGUCCAGUAUCGUCGACUUUCUGCGACGUUUCAUCGAGAACAUUGAAAUCGGACCUAAACUCUCACAGGUGGGGAUAGUGUCCUACGGUGAGACUGUGACUCACCGUGUCAACCUGAGCCAGUUCGACAACACUCAUAAUCUGCUGGAAUUCGUUGGAGAACUUCCUCAGCAGACCGGCUUCAGGACCAUGACUUUCCUGGGCAUCGAUACGGCCAGGAAAGAGGCCUUCAUGCCGGAGCGCGGUGCACGACCCGGGGUGAAGAAAGUCAUGGUGAUUGUGACUGACGGAGAGUCACAUGACUUCUACAAAAUGGACAAGGUCAUCGGAGGCUGCGACGAUGAUGACAUCGAGAGGUUUGGCAUCGCUGUUUUGGGAGACUACAAUCGUCAGAACAAAAGUGCCGAAGAAAUGCAGAAGUUUAUUAAGGAGAUUGCGUCCAUCUCCAGUCAGCCGUUGCAAGACCACUUCUUCAACGUGUCCGAUGAGGUGGCGUUGUUGACCAUCGUGGAUGCUUUGGGGAGCAAGAUCUUUGCUUUGGAAGCUACGACCGGCAAUUUCACCUCCUCCUUUGAGAUGGAGAUGUCCCAAGCUGGGUUCAGUGCACAUUCUUCCAAAGACGGCCUGUUACUGGGAGCAGUGGGAGCGUUUGACUGGAACGGGACAGUGGUGAUGCAUACUGCUGGAGGAACAAUCAUUCCAGGGAAGACCCAGUUCUACGACCCAGAGACUGAGGCCGGGUACGAAGGGCUCGCUGGGUACCUGGGCUAUGAUGUGCAGUCAGCAUCCACCCCCGACGGAGUGCUGUACAUCACAGGUGCACCGCGGUACAACCACACAGGCCGGGUUGUUAUCUAUCGUCUGAAUGAAGAGAACAACAUCGUGGUCUCACAGAUACUGAAAGGACAACAAAUUGGUUCCUACUUUGGCAGCGUCCUGCAGACUGUCGACGUGGAUGCCGAUUCCUACACGGACCUCCUCUUGGUCGGAGCUCCAAUGUAUAUGGGCACGGAAAGAGACGAGCAGGGACAAGUCUACGUCUACAAACUCCAGGACGGCCAGUUUGAGCACCAGUUCACUUUAAAGCCCGUCAAUCAGUCCUGUUGUACCGCCCACUCGGCCAGCUGCACCAAUAAGAACGAACCAUGCGGGGCCCGCUUUGGGACGGCCAUUGCCGCAGUAUCAGACCUCAACCUCGACGGGUUUAAUGACGUGGCCAUCGGUGCACCUUUUGAGAACGAUCACCGGGGGGCCGUAUACAUCUAUCAUGGAGAUAAGACGUCACUGAAAGAGAAAUAUGUACAGCAUAUCCCUGCAGGUGGGGACGGUGAAAAGGUGAAAUUCUUUGGUCAAUCCAUACAUGGAGUCAUGGAUCUUAACGGAGAUGGAAUCACUGAUGUUACCAUAGGAGGCCUGGGAGGGGCUUCCCUAUUUUGGUCCAGAGAUGUUGCGGAGCUCCGUGCCAACAUGACCUUCGACCCUGUUAAAAUCAACCUGCAGCAGACUCAGUAUCAGUGUGAGCACGGUGGACGCAAAUCCGUGUGUGUGACGACUGAGGUGUGUUUUGUCUACAAUGUCAAAUCUGACAACCAGGACGUAAACCCUGCUGCUGACAUCCACUACAAUCUGACUCUGGAUGCUCUGCGUGCAAAGGCCAGGGCUUCGUUUAUGGCCUCGGACGAUAAAAGCGAUCGCAGGAUCACCAGGAGCCUCACCAUCAAAGACAAGGAGAGAAAAUGUGUGCAAGAGACCUUCAUGAUGUCGGCCCGGCUGGACUUCCGAGACCCUCUCAUGGUGUCUUUGGAGUUUGGACUUGCCGAUCAAGACCAAGGCCCCGUCCUGGAUGAAAACCUUCCCAAAUCCAUCAACAAGACAAUUCCCCUAGUUGACUGUGGAAGCGAUGAGAAGUGCAUCGCUGACCUCUCUCUCAAAGCAGAGCCGAGUGUCAAAACAAUGAUGAUCAAAGACAACAAAGACAAGAUCGACGUGAACAUCAACAUUAGAAACAGCAAAGACAAUGCGUACAACACGAAGGUUAUCCUCAGCUUCACACCGAACAUCAACUACGUUAAAGUGGAGCCAGAGAAGGCGUGCACGCUGAACAACACAAAGCUGGAGUGUGCUGUUGGAUACCCCUUCCUGGGAAGUAAUGUAGAGGAAUAUUUCAAAGUGAAAUUUGAGGUAAAUCCCAAACAUAUCCAGGAGGUCAUUCAGAUCAACGUGACAGCCACAAGUGACAGUGAAGAGCUGUCUUCGACCCUGCAUGACAACACGGUGCACAUCUCCAUCCCCGUGAAGUACGAAGCUGGACUGAUAUUCUCAGUGUGGUCGGGGGAUGAACACAUUGUCGUAAAAGAGGGAGAACAGUAUUCUACUGUAAUCAAUGACACCAGCGUGAUCGGAGAGGAGGUCAACAUCAGCUACACGGUGGAGAAGUCAGUUGACAUGGUGUCUCCCCCACUCGACCUCACCGUGACGUAUCCUCACCUGUCUCCUCGGCAGAACAACUUACUGUACCUGACCCACGUCAGCACCAGCCCACAGGUGAAAUGUGACGCGGCACAUUGGAUCAACCCCCACAAUAUCAACCCGAAAGUUAUCAAUCCAAAUCCAAAGAAGGAAACUCUCAGUGUCUUCCUGCUGAGCUGUGAAAACCUCUACUGUGCAUCGUUUAGCUGCUCCAUCCCCGAGGCCACGGUCAGUCAGGUCAACGUCACGUUCAGAGUGUGGAAACCCACGUUCAUCAAGGGCGAGUUCUCCAGUCUGUACAUGUUGGUGAACGCCACGCUGGGCAUCAAAAACACAAAGCUGUUUGAACUGAACAGCAGUCACAGGACCAGAAGUGUGAAGAUCCAGGUGUCGAAGGAGACCGUAGGGGGAAUCCCCAUUUGGAUCAUCAUCAUGAGCAUCCUGAUAGGACUGCUGAUCUUAGCGCUCGUCAUCUUCGCUCUCUGGAAGAUGGGCUUCUUCAAGAGAAAAUCCAGGGACUACUCAAAGGAGGAAAUGAUGGACUGAGGUAUCCAUACAUCCAGCAGCAAGCGGCUCUGUGUGCUCGUGUGCUUCCAGAGCCAUCAGGACGCACAGAGGAACAGGCAGACUUUCAAACAGGCAGGCGAAGGACACGCCACCAGACCCACAAUGCACCUCGGUGCUCCGACUGCUUCCCAUUCACCGUUUCCUGUGCAGGCCUGGGCCCGAUAAUGUUUGCAAAUACUUCCUCAACCCUUGUCCUUUGAUGCCUUGAGCACAAGGUCACAUUUCAGAUGGUCUCAUACACAGAGAGGGCUCGGACAGACACUUACUUUUAAUUGUGUAAAGUCGUUGGCACUCACUGUAUUUGUUGUAUUUGAAAGAAAAACACUAUUUGCUCUGGAUCAGCUUUUUUUUGUGGCGGGUAUACAGCGUCCAUCAGGUCAGGUCAAGCAGUUCAAGAAGAGGAGCGUGGAACCAUCACUUCAUCAUAAGGCAUCUGUUGGCAAAGUAGCAUAUAUCUGUAUUACAUACAGCGGUUUAAGAGCUACAAUAGCUGCACUCCAGCUAUAGAGGAAAAAAAGUACUCAGGUUUUUCUGUAUGAAGAUCCAAUGUUGCGAAGCCACCCGAAUUACUUUCUAUGCCGUUGCAGCAAAAAUGUCCAAAGGUCUAUUCGCUUCUGAGACAUAUACAAUAUGUGAAUUUACAUGUGUUGGAGCAGCCUGUCUGAUAGCUUUAUGAAACACUGUACCUUUUAGCAUUUUAUAGCAUUUUGUUUUUGUUUGCUAUUUUUGCUGAAUUUUAACAAUAUAAAGUGGCACAUCCUUAAUCCUAAAAAUCCUAAAGACACUGACCUGUACACCAGAUUUAUUUGAAGCAAAAGUGCAGUCUGUAUGCUUUUAUUUUGUAUACAUUUAUUCUUAGUUAACCAGUUCACAAAACCAAACAAAAAACCCUCAACUAUUUAGUGUCACCGUGGUUACGGAGAGAUACACAAAGCUGCGCCUUCAAAAUCCAAAUCUUUGAUUGUACUGUAAAUAUAAGUAGAUGCUCCAAAAUGUAAAGCUUAUAAAUGUACAUAAUUGUGUUUGCUAAUUCAUGUAAUUUAAGAGAUGUGACCCAUCAAAUCUUUUUUUUUGUGUGUGUGAUCAGUGGUCAGAGAAGAUGAUUUUGCUCAGGUGCUACAACUAUCACAAACGACCACGUUAACAUUUGACAUGUGAGAAAGUCAUCGGGGCGAUCUCACAAUUCAAAAGCUGAUGCAAAUAUGUAAAUAUUGUUAUAUUUUGAUGAGAUAAUGAAAGUAUAAAUAUUCUGUGCUGAAGAUGAGGGUUUAUAUCCACUACUUUGGUUUUAUUUGAUUGAAAGCCUGGUGAAUGACUGCGUUGAGGUGAGAUGUACGACUGCAGCGUAUUUUGGUUUCAACCUUUUUGAUUUGCAAAAUGCAAGGUAUAAUGUCUUAUCAUGUAGAAACAUAUGUCACCAGCAGUUGCCAUUCGGUCAAUGGCAUUCACUGGUCGUUGGAUUGUAGUGUAGACAAGGUACAACAUGUACACAAAGCAUUAGCAUACAAAGGCUCGAUAGCACCCCGUGUGUGGUACAGCGUACUUUACAAAGUUAUUCUUUCAGGUUUUCUUGUCUUGCUUUUGUUUCCAGAAGUUGCACAGCGACACGAUGUGUUCAAAUAAAUGAUAUUGUAUUUU